ACACAGGAAAAGAAAAUGAAGGCACUUUUGUCAAACGUGUGUGUGAGAGAGAGAGAGCUUGAUGAGAUAGAAAGCAAUGUUGGAAUUUAUUCUUGGUAUUUAUUUUUGUUCAUUCGACAGAAUGAGGGAGAGAUAGGCCAUUGUUAAUUGAAUAAGACCCGUAUUGAUAAAAUGACUAGAGAAUGGACGAGCCUUCCAUAUCCUCACUUUCCUCCCACGCCCUCUCCUUCACUGACAGUUGAGCCCUCUGAACUUGGUAAGAAAACAACCCAGUCACUCGUGAGGUUAUUGAGAGGAGAGAGCCUACGGUUGUUGAAGUCUUCAAUACCAAAAAUGCGUCAUCAACUCUUGCCCCUUUUACCCCUGUGGGAAACUAUAAGACCGCCCUUGGAUAAGACCCCGCCUUUAAACUCAAACACUAACAAACUUCAAAGUGUUUUCGGCCCCCAGGUCCCCGCCCACUGGGGCACUGCCCUCUCGCUCCCGAAUGGCUUCACAAAGGAUUUGCCGACGUUCGGGAAUUCCGCCUAUAGCUCCUUUUUUAGCGCUACUCGUGCGCUGGAAUCGGUCCAGGAUGACCAAGGAUUCCACCCAUCUCCGUUAAUUUGACAACACAAAGGACUUCACCGAACCCAAAGAAACCGCCUACUAUUCCAAAUAAGGCUUGUCUCUCCAUGUACGGCAAACAAUCGGCUAGAGUGUCCUUUUCUCUUCCUUAUCCCGUUUAUAUGAUCCGGGAGACCGUGCUGCAAGUUACAGCGGUGCAAUCAUGGCGGAGCGAGUCCAGCAGCCCCCGGCCAAGCGGCUCUGCUGCAGGCUCGGCUACAACCCGGCAUGCAGGCAGGGGCAGCGGGCUGGAGGAGUACUGUGUGGCGGUCCGGGGUCUGCUCCAGGGGGAUCGGGAAAAACACACAACCCCGAAUCGCUGCUCGACAUCGCGGCGCGGAGAGUCGCGGAGAAGUGGCCCUUCCAAAGGGUGGAGGAACGGUUCGAACGGAUUCCAGAACCCGUCCAGAGAAGGAUCGUGUACUGGUCCUUUCCGAGGAGCGAAAAGGAGAUCUGCAUGUAUUCGUCGUUCAACGCCGGGGGAGAGGAGAGUGGAACUAGCGGGGAAAACAGUGAAGAGACCCAGCUGCCUUUCCUACGGGGUGUCACUCUGCUGGAGGGCGGCUGGGUGGACAACGUACUGCAAGUCGGGUUCCAUCUGAGUGGUACGGUAACAGACCCGGCCACAUCCUCUCAGCCUGAGAUGGUCUGCAGCGUGAGCGUCAGCUUCGACCGCUGUAAGAUCACCGCGGUAACCUGCAGCUGCGGCAACAAGGACAUCUUCUACUGCGCCCACGUUGUAGCGCUGGCCCUGUACCGCGUACGGAAGCCCGAGCAGGUCAAACUGCACCUGCCCAUCUCAGAGACGCUGUUCCAGAUGAGCCGAGAUCAGCUGCAGAAGUUUGUCCAGUACCUGAUAUCAGUGCAUCAUACGGAGGUGUUGCCCACCGCACAGAAACUGGCUGAUGAGAUACUGUCAACUAACUCAGAGAUCAACCAGGUCCACGGGGCCCCAGACCCCACAGCAGGAGCCAGUGUAGAUGAUGAGAACUGUUGGCACCUGGAUGAGGAGCAGGUCCAGGAGCAGGUGAAACUCUUCCUCUCUCAGGGAGGAUACCACGGCUCUGGGAAACAACUCAACCUGCUGUUCAGCAAGGUGAGGGAGAUGCUUCGUAUGCGUGACUCCAACGGUGCCAGGAUGUUAACACUGAUCACAGAACAGUUCAUGGCCGACCCUCGCCUGGCACUGUGGAGACAGCAGGGCACCACCAUGACCGACAAGUACAGACAACUCUGGGACGAACUAGGUGCCCUGUGGAUGUGCAUCGUGCUAAACCCCCACUGUAAGACGGAGCAGAAGUGUUGGUGGCUCAGACAGCUGAGGAGGUGGAACAGCGUGGAAGUGUGUCCCUGGGAGGAUGGUAACCAUGGCAACGAUCUGCCCAACCUCACCCACUCCCUGCCUCAGGGUGCCCAUGGCAACCAAGAGUUGCGUCCCCACAGGACGGUGUUCACACGGGCCAUCGAGGCGUGUGAUCUCCAUUGGCAGGACCGUCACCUGCAGCACAUCAUCGCCAGUGACCUCUACGCCAACUACUGUUACCACGACAACCAGGACGGCUCGCUCUUCGACGCACGUGGAUGGCCCAUGUGGCACGAACAUGUCCCGACGGCUUGUGCUCGGGUGGAUGCCCUGCGUUCCCAUGGUUACCCCCGUGAAGCGCUGCGAUUGGCCAUUGCCGUGGUGAACACACUACGGCGGCAGCAGCAGAGACAACUGGAGCAUUUCCGCAGACAUAAGAAAGAGCUGCUCCAUAAAGCCGUCACCUCCAUAACCAACAUGGAGGGCUGGGUGGGUCACCCCCUGGAUCCCAUCGGCACGCUGUUCAGCACCCUCACUGAGACGGGACGGGGGGCAGAGGAGGGGGCCAACACCUGCCUUGACCUCUCAGACUGUUCCAGUGUGGUGAGUCGUGCGGAGCUGCAGCGGUUGCCAGUGCAGCGGUUGCUAGGCGAGGGUGAAUCGUAUGUGGCGCUGGCCGUGGAGACUGCUCUGAUUGGCUUAGGCCAGCAGAGGGUGAUGCCUGACGGGCUGUACGCCCAGGAGAAGGUGUGUCGCAACGAAGAGCAGCUAUUGGCCAAGCUGCAGGAAGUGGAGCUGGAUGACACGCUGGUCAAGAUCUUCCGCAAGCAAGCCAUCUUCCUGUUAGAGAGUGGGCCAUACAGUGGCCACGGAGAGAUUGUCCACAGAGAGAGUGUUCCCAUGCACACCUUCACCCGAUAUCUCUUCACCUCUCUCCUACCUCACGACGCUGAACUGGCAUACAAGAUUGCUCUGAGAGCCAUGCGGUUGCCUGUGUUGGAGUCCACAGCCUCGUCAGGUGACCUGUCGCGACCCCAUCACAUGGUGUCUGUGGUCCCUAACCGUUACCCUCGCUGGUUCACACUCACCCACAUAGAGUCCCAGCAGUGUGAACUGGCCUCCACCAUGCUCACCGCAGCCAAAGGUGAUAGUCGUAAGCUGGAGACUGUACUAGAGUCCAUCCAGAAGAACAUCCACUCCUCAUCUCACAUCUUUAAACUGGGCCAGGACGCCUUCAAGAUCGCUACUCUGAUGGACAGCCUGCCAGACAUCACACUGCUCAAAGUCUCACUGGAGCUUGGGCUACAGGUGAUGAGGAUAACCCUGUCUACGUUGAACUGGAGGAGGAGGGAGAUGGUACGGUGGUUAGUUACCUGUGCCACCGAAGUAGGGGUGUAUGCGUUGGACAGCAUCAUGCAGAGUUGGUACACCCUCUUCACCCCGACCGAAGCCACCAGCAUCGUGGCCACCACCGUCAUGUCCAACACCACCAUCGUCCGGCUGCACCUGGACUGUCAUCAGCAGGAGAACCUGGCCUCCUCUGCCCGGACCCUGGCCCUGCAGUGUGCCAUGAAGGACCCACAGAACUGUGCCCUCUCUGCCCUCACCCUCUGCGAGAAGGACCACAUCGCCUUCGAGACAGCCUACCAGAUUGUUCUGGACGCGGCCACCACUGGGAUGAGCUACACACAGCUGUUCACGAUAGCUAGGUACAUGGAGCACAGGGGGUACCCUAUGAGGGCAUACAAGUUAGCCACGUUAGCCAUGGCUCAUCUAAACCUCAGCUACAACCAGGAUACCCACCCAGCCAUCAAUGACGUGCUGUGGGCCUGCGCUCUGAGUCACUCGCUGGGAAAGAACGAGCUGGCGGCCGUCAUCCCCCUGGUGGUGAAGAGUGUGAAGUGUGCCACGGUGCUGUCUGAUAUUUUGCGGCGGUGCACACUGACCACGCCGGGGCUGGUGUCAGCGCUGCACAGCCGCAGGAACUCUGGGAAGCUGAUGUCGCUGGACAAGGCUCCACUCAGGCAGCUGCUGGAUGCCACCAUCGGGGCCUACAUCAACACCACCCACUCUCGCCUCACGCACAUCAGCCCGCGCCACUACAGUGAGUUCAUAGAGUUCCUGGGGAAGGCCCGGGAGACGUUCCUCAUGGCCCAGGAUGGACACAUCCAGUUCACACAGUUUAUAGACAACCUCAAACAGAUCUACAAGGGCAAGAAGAAACUCAUGAUGCUGGUGAGGGAGAGGUUUGGCUGACCAGGGUCGGCCCAUAGGGAGAGAUUUGGCUGACCAAGGUCGGCCCCUAGGGGGAGGUUUGGCUGACCAGGGUCGGCCCCUAGGGGGAGGUUUGGCUGACCAGGGUCGGCCCCUAGGGGGAGGUUUGGCUGACCAGGGUUGGCCCCUAGGGAGAAGUUUGGCUGACCAGGGUCGGCCCCUAGGAAGAGGUUUGGCUGACCAGGGUCGGCCCCUAGGGGGAGGUUUGGCUGACCAGGGUCGGCCCCUAGGGGGAGGUUUGGCUGACCAGGGUCGGCCCCUAGGAAGAGGUUUGGCUGACCAGGGUCGGCCCCUAGGGGGAUGUUUGGCUGACCAGGGUCGGCCCAUAGGGAGAGGUUUGGCUGACCAGGGUCGGCCCCUAGGGAGAGGUUUGACUGACCAGGGUCGGCCCCUAGGGGGAGGUUUGGCUGACCAGGGUCGGCCCCUAGGGAAAGGUUUGGCUGACCAGGGUCGGCCCCUAGUACUUUUAUAUUAACUUGAGUCUGCCUUUUGAACUUCUUUGAACUUAAACAUGGACAAGUGAAGAGUUGGAGGACAAAGCAAAAGAAGAAGGAAAACAAUCUUUACAGAGCCACAUGGUAUUAUUGUUCUUGCUGUUGUUAUUGUUAUCAACAUUAUUACUAUUAUGAUUAUUAUUAUUACUAUGUGUACAGUACUAUGUGUGUUUUAUUUUCAGAAGAGGAAAUAUGUCACGUUGUGAAUGUUGUGUGUGUAUUUCUUUACGUGUGUGCGAGAGAAAAAAGCUGAUAACUGAAAUAGCUCUUUCUCAAAUGUUUAUUAUUAUUAGCAUCCCCCCAUUUUAUAUAUUGGUUUUAUGAGUAUAUGUUGUCAAGUGGCUUAAGGCCCUUGUGCGAAAGCGCUCGUGUAAAAACACAUUGGCAGCCUCAAAGAGACACUAUGGCUUUAAAACCACACAGACCUACUGACUAUUGGAAGCACUGCACAGCUCGGCUCCAUGAGAAAACCACCAUUAGCAUUUCUGUUGACUCAUCACUUGUGUUUUCUCUGAGUCAUAGGUAUUAGUUAGAUUGUAGUUUUAGAAUAAUGGUCUUAACAGACUGGUGUUGUUUCAGAUGCAGUAAUCAUGACUAUCUGUGUUAGAUUAAGGACAACAAUGCAGGACGACAGUAAUGGCACAUGGACCAUACGAUGAGGAUAUGGAGUAUUAUCAAAGAGUACCAGCAUUUGAUGUAUUAUGCCAGAAAUAUCCCACACUGUAAAAACAAAUCCUGUUUACAGUAAAGUUUACAGUAAUGUACUGUUAAACCAAAGUUUAUUCAGAAUUUACGGUAACUUUUUUUUUACAGUAACUUACAGGUAACUAACCGGCUGCCAGUAAGUUACCGUAAAAACAACAGGAUUUUUAUUAUUUUUUACAGUGCACAAUGUACUUAGAACCAACAAACCUGUAAUUGUGGGUUAGCUACUGGUUCAAGUCUUAUGAUGAACAGUUUCUGGAGACAUUGCCUCAUACCUUCUCCAGUUUAACCCAGUCUUUACUAAAUGUACUGUAUUGGUGUUAGUUAAAAAAGUUUUUGGAAAUGGAAGAAAUACAUUAGAAACCAGGUGGAUCAGAAGACUAGCCUGGUGACCUGGCUGUUUUUGUUUUCACAAGAAUACAGGCUGGGUAACUAAUUACAGUACCAUAGUUACCAGGGUUCUAGUUGUACAGAUGUAGGAUCUUAAUUUGAUCACCCUGUUACAGUAGAACUUUCCUGCAAUGCAGGAAAUGUUUUACUUGUAGCGUAUUUUGAGGUUUAAAGAGGCUUCUGAAGUUUGUAACUUCCACUUUUACACAAUUUCAGACUUGAUUUUCCCUUACAAAAAAUGGAUCAACC